AUGAAGUACUCAGCAGUUCUAUCCCUCGCCGUCGCGCCUCUGGCGAUCGCAAAGGCCGCGCAAAACGUGUACCCGCAAGAGAAGCGGACGAGCCACAAGGAGCUGGCCGAGAGCUCAGUCCACAUCGGCGGCACCCUCAACCUGGCGAAUGGCAUCUCGCUCGGCGGCACCACCCAGGUGAUCGUAAUCUGGGCGAACCCGGGUGCGAACGCGGAGACGACAACGCUGCACAAGCAGGUUACCGUGACGCAGACCGUCACCGCGGGCGCCGAGGCGACCACGAUCGGCACCCAUACGCUAGUUGGCGGCGCGACGACGACCGUCGCCACCGGCGCUAUCGCCACCCACAAGGUGCAGGUCGGCGGCCCCGGCGGCCUCAUCUUCGUGCCCGAUCAGGUCAAGGCGAACGUUGGCGACAUGGUCGUCUUCGAGUUCCUGAGCCAGAACCACACCGCAACCCAGUCCACCUUCGCCGAGCCCUGCACGCCCAUGGAGGGUGGUAUGGACUCCGGCUUCCAGCCCAAUGUCAACAACACCAUCGUCCCCGCGCCCCAGGUUGCUAUGCAAGUCAUGACAACCGAGCCCCUAUGGUUCUUCUGCAAGCAGGGCCCCCACUGCGGCCGCGGCAUGACCUUCUCGAUCAACCCGACGGCGGAGAAGUCGCAAGCCCUGUUCCAGGCUAAGGCGAUCCAGCAGAAUGGCAACGGCGACGGCAGCGCGAUCACGGGCAACGCGACCUCGUCGGCGGUGACGGCUGCUCCCGCGGCGACUGCCACCGGCGCUGUGACUCUGCCCGACGGCAUCAACGUGGGCCAAGGCGUGAUCGAGAACGGCGCGUGCGUGUGUGCCGUCUCCUGCAGCCCCGGCAGCUUCCCCGUCGCCGCUCAGGGCGUCGGCUCCUUCGGUGGCAUGGCCGGUGCCCUGCCUGCCAACAUGAUGGAAACCGUCUAG